CAAUUUAUUCAAAACAUUUGAUGUUAUUUUUCAAAUUCCAGUGUGAAAUUUUUUUGAAAUUUACAAAUUAUAAUUACAAUUUCGUUAGGAUUUGUUACAGUGUUACAGAACACUUAACAAUGAAAAUGUAAUAAUUUUUGUUUUUCUAUAGGUGGGGAUUUAAAUGCUCCUUAUGCACAUUCUGGAACGUUCCAGAGUAGUGCGAGGCUCUCCCUUCGAGCAUACUCUUAAUAAUUGUGGGUAAAAAUCAAACUUGCCACCCAAAGUCACUUUCAAACUACGGUCAUAAGUUUUAAAGUACCUUGUAUUCGUUGCAUGCGUUUCUAGACUUGGCAACAUUGUAUUCUCUUCAACCUUUAACAUAACCUCAUUCUGUAAGUUCUGUCACGUUUGCGUUUACCCAAAAGCUAAAAUAGAGAAAUUUUGGCUUUUAAAAAUGGACAGCUCGCAAAAUGUAGAUUACUUAGUAGUAGAUACAACGGGAUUUAUUCAAAAUUCACCUCUGCAGAACAUCGGUAAAAACAUUGUGACAUGCCAAGAAGUUGUUAACGAAAUUACAAAUAAACGACAGUUGAGAAGGCUUAUAGUACUGCCUUACGAUUUGAGCAUUAAAAAUGUCUACCCAGAAAGUAUUCAGGUCAUAACAGAAUUUGCGAAAAAAACUGGAGAUUAUCCGUGCCUAUCAGCCACAGAUAUAAAAGUAAUGGCAUUGACUUACCAGUUGGAAAAGGAGCACGUAGGGACAGACCACCUUAACAACGAACCAAUUAGGCGAAAUGUAAAUUUCAUGACCAAAAGUCAACCUCCUCCGGUUAAGGCAGAUGUGGUGGGCUUCUAUGAUCCCAAAAACAAAACCGAUCAUAAUCCAGACACCUCGGUGGAACAGGGAGAUGAUGACCGGAGUGAUGACGAAAUUAACAAUUUGGAUGAGUUGGACGAUCAACUGCUAGAGAAAUUUCACUCAUUGGAUUGUGACGAUAUUGAAAACGAGGAUGAUGCAGAAAACAUUCUGGUGUCUAUCACAGAUCAACCUGAAGGUUCACAGGAGUCAGAUUCAGAUGACGACAUUGGUUGGAUUACACCCUCAAACAUAAAGAGUGCCAAGAAACAGUUAGAUGGAGAAACAACAGAGGAAAUCUCUGUGAAAGUAGCAUGUAUAACUACCGAUUUUGCUAUGCAAAACGUUUUGAAACAAAUGAAUUUGAAUGUCGCCACCUUAGAUGGAAGAAUGAUCAAACAAUUGAGAACAUUUAUUUUACGCUGCCAUGCUUGUUUUAAAACGACAAGCAUUAUGACAAAGAUUUUCUGCCCAAAAUGCGGGAAUAAAACCCUAAAACGAGUGGCAGUAACACUCGACGAGGAGGGAAACCAACAAAUCCACAUAAACGCCAGACGUCCAAUUACUGGCAGAGGAAAACGAUAUUCUCUACCUACAAUUAAGGGCGGAAAACACUCCAAUAAUCCCCAUUUGGUAGAAGAUCAGCCGUUUCCAGAUCAGCAGCCAACGAGAUUAGCCAAAACGAAGACAAAUCCAUUAAAUGAUGAUUAUAUUGCCGGUUUCUCCCCAUUUGUGAUGCGUGAUGUGACAUCAAAGUCAGCUCAACUCAAAAUUCGUCCACAUUCAACAGUUAAGCAUUGGAUGAAGAAAAAUCCAAAUGAAGCUUUUCGGAGGAAAAAGUAGUUGCAUAAAUAAUCUCCUUUAUUACAGAUAUAAUAAAAUUUUAUUGAUUAAAGUUUUCUUUAAUGA